AAAGGAUUAAAAACUGGUAAAAAAAACAAAGAAACAAUGUCCCCAAAGGUCAAGGUAUGGCUUUCAAAUUAUGCUUAUUGGUCUUGGGAGCUAUCACCAACUUUGAAAGAGGAGUGAUUAGUAGAGUCUGUGGUCUGGUUCGUGCAAAGCAGGAGGAGAAGACGCGAAAAUCCAUUGCCUGAAAUCGAGUGCUAUUGCUAGAGCCAACUUAAGCAAAGAUUGCGAAAUGGAGAAAGCAGAGAAAGUGAAGGACAAGGAGAAAGAGCAACUAUGCAAGAGGUGUAAACAGUCUUUUACUUCCUCUUCUAACACCUCCUCUGCUUGCCGCUUCCAUCCUUCCUUCUUUGUUUGUCGCCGUCACGAUGACCAGAAAAGGUACUAUGAAUUGGGACCUGAUGAUCCGCUGUAUGCUGCCAAAUUUUAUGACUGUUGCGGGGCUGAGCAUCCUGAGGCGCCAGGCUGCACCACCAGUUUUCAUAUUUCAUAUGAUGACUGAUGAUGUAGUGUACUAACGUUUCUCCUAAACACUUAGAUAUGACUUGAUUAGACUUGUACAUAUUUGCAUACUUCCUCUCCAGCUAAUCAUUAUUCUUCAUGUAUACUUUUCAGCUUUGUGUCUCUAUAAAAUUUAUCAUGCAAUAUUGAUUUAAUUAGAAUAAUAAUAAUAAUAUCUAUGCUUUUAGUUAGGUUUUAGGUGUCCCUAAUGUUCAUUUGAGGAUGGCUUGUGUUUUACUCAACCGGUUGGGAUUUGUGGGAACAAUUCCCAUAUGGCUAGAUUUUAAGUGGAUUAUCGUAUCUAUGGUGAUUCACAUUGUUCCCAUGGAUUCUUUUGAGUGGGUAAAUCAUGAAAAACUGUAAUAAGGUUGAUUAAGUUUUUCAUUCCAUGUUGGCAUGGAAUUGAAAUACUAUUCAUGAAACAGUGAGUUGCUUUUGAUGAGCCGCAUUUUGCUUCCAGUGAUUUGAAUUAUGUCAUUGCAGGAAUGCAUGAUGAUAUAAAAACUCACCGUGUCUUUAUCACCUACAUCCGAAGCAAACUGAACCAAGGGACAUGGAAUUUGCCUCCUGACCUUAUAUGUUAAAAGAUGGAACUGCUUUUAGAGUUCUCCAUCUCUGAUGAAAAUUCUUUCUUUACAUUUUAAACAUGGCCAUUGGACUAGCUCUGCAAUGGUUAAAUACUGAUUUCGUAGUGCGAGAUUAAGUAUUCAAAUCUUCAAACUUUACCCAUUAAGAUAAAGAGUAGAAAGUAUGCAUUUAUAAA